GAUUCUAUUAAUCUGUGCCUCUGUGGUCAGAUUUAAAUUUUACUUUUCUGGAAAAUUGAAAACACGAAAACACUGAAAAUAUAAAUUAUGAUAUGAUACUAAAGAUUGUAAUUCGUGACUUGUGAGACCAACCUGUUGAAAGUUGCAAUGUAAUGUGAAUACUGUUUAGUUACCAAUCGGUGUAACAUAGUUUAAAACGAUUUAUGUAAUUACCAGAGAUAUCUAACAUUCAACUACUUUACAGAUAAAGUUUUAAAAAAAAUUCUGAUUUGGUACAUGAUUCUAAAUGUCGAAUAAAAAAGCAACAUAUUUGGUUGUCGGCGGUGGUAUAGCGGGUGUAACCUGUGUGGAAACUUUAUCAAUUUUGCACCCAGAAGAAAAACUUGUGAUUAUCACUGCUUCUUCCUUAGUAAAGAAUGUAAGCAAUGUUAGUUUUUAUGCUAAAACUAUUGUGAAGUUUGAUGUUCAGGAUACUGAAGCUAGUUCUCUUUUGAAAAUACACCCCAACCUUGAAAUUAUUUAUGAUUCAUUAAAGUAUUUGGAUACAAAAAAUAAACUUGCCACAACUGAGGAAGGUGUCAUUAUUAAAUAUGAUGUAAUAUGUAUUUGCACUGGUGGAAUUCCAAAACUUAUUUCUGAUUCAAAUAAAUGUCAAAGGAUACUAGGUAUUAGAGAUACAGAGUCAGUUAAAGAGUUUCAGGACAAAUUAAAGAAUGGACGUAAAAUGCUUAUUGUUGGUAAUGGAGGAAUUGCAUCAGAAAUAGUUCACGCUACUAGAGGUAUACAGAAAGUAUGGGUAGUGAAAGAUGAUUACAUUUCAGCAACAUUUGUUGAUCCAGGAGCUGCAGAAUUCUUUCAAGAAUCAUUUAGGAGUAAAUCCAAAGUACAAAAAGAGAGCACUGUUUUAAGAAGACAUAUAUUUACAGAAGAAGAUACUGUUGUAUCUAUUAAUAAAAAUUUAAAAUCUGCUGCAUUAGGUCCAGAUUGGUACCGUAAACUUGAAAACAUAAGAAACGAAGGUGGAGAUCUAGAGCUUGAAAUUGUAUACAAGGUUGAAGUUGAGUCAGUUGUGGAGACAGAAAAUAAGGACUAUGCUUUAGAUGUAAAAUUAACAAAUGGUAGGAUCAUAGAGUGUGAUUUUGUAAUAUCAGCUACUGGAGUUGAGCCUGCUGUUAACUUUACUUGGGAUCAGGUACCAAAUAGAGGUGCUGAUGGUGGGUUAGCAGUAAAUGAAUUUCAAGAGACUUCAGUUAAAGAUGUUUUUGCAGCUGGCGAUGUUGCCAGUGCUUCCUGGCAACAUGCUGCUCACUGGUUUCAGUUACGGCUAUGGACACAGGCACGCCAAAUGGCAGGGAUGGCUGCUAAAGCAAUGCAUGCUAGAAUGACAAAUGAAGAUGUCUUACAAGAUUUUUGUUUUGAACUUUUUACACAUUGUACUAGUCUUUUCGGAUACAGAGUUGUGUUGUUGGGAAAGUAUAAUGGUCAAGGUUUAGGUAGAGAUUAUGAGAUUCUUUUACGGACUACUCCUAACCUUGAAUAUAUAAAGUUUGUACUUCAAAAUGGAAGAUUACAAGGUGUCAUAUUAAUAGGAGAAACAGAUUUAGAAGAAAUGUGCGAAAAUUUGAUCCUUGACCAAAUAGACCUAACACCAUUCGGAGAUGAUAUACUUAACCCUGAUAUAGAUAUUGAUGAUUAUUUUGAUUAAUGUUUGUCAUGUAUGCUUAGUAUUUAUGAACCAUGUUAUAAAUAAUUACAGUACUUUUUGCACUA